AUAAAAAAAAAAAAACAACAUUAAAAACAUUUAGAAAGAAUGAAAAAUCUUACAAUCUUUCUAUUUGUUUUUGCACUUUGUAUGAUUGGCAAUGUAUAUGGAGGCAAUCCAUUUAAAGGGAAAAAGACAACUCUCUUAUUCAGGAACGGCCUUGCGUACAAGAAAUGGCUCAAGGUACAUUGUAAAUCUAAGAACAACGAUAUGGGUGCCAAAUAUCUGAGACCGGGAGGAAUGGAUUACCAGUUCAGUUUCCACGAUAACGUUUUGGGAGGCACGCUAUUCUGGUGUACACUUAGCAAAGGACCUGAUUAUAAGAUCUCUAAGAGGUUUAACGCCUAUGUGCAGGGCAGUGGUGGAAAGCCUCAUGGUGGCUCUUAUAAUUAUAUAGCUCAAGAUGAUGGCAUCUAUCACAGUAAUCUUGUGGAAUUUAAACUUCGGAGGCUGUAUGGUUGGAACUAGAGAUCCUGUUUAUAAUCACUCUCUCUUUCUCUUUCUCUCUGUCACUCGAUCGUGUUCUCAUAAAUUUCAAACAUACUAGUGCAUAUACUAUUAUUAACAUCAUUAACUUAAUAUUCUUGUUAUGAUAUAUUUCAAAAUAUCAAUGAUAUACUUGUAACACAUUCUUAUCUAUUUCAUUGUAUUUUCAAACUUUAAAAUUUGGUAUAUCUC